UUGUUCUUGAACUUGUUCUUCUUCACCAAACCCUCGCAGAAGAAGGGCGAGCGUUUCUCUCGCAGUUUCGCUCCCUCCUUUUUUUCCCUCCCCUAGGGGUUUUCAAAAAAAGAGGAAUUUUAUCCAAAACCUCAAUUCGUAAUCCACAACAAAAAUCCCUCAAAAAAAAAAAAAAAAAGAAGAAGAAGAAAACUCUCCCACAUUUCAAGAAAACCAGAACACAACAAUGGCGUUUCCGCUCUUCUCCACCCCACAACAACAACAACAACAAACGCCUCCGACGUCGUUGUUUCAGCCUCAGCCGUUUCAACAAAGCAGCCCCUUUUUGUCUCAACAACAACAACAACAAACGCCACAACCUUUUCAAACACCAACACAACAACCUCAGCAGCAGCAGCAACAACUAAUACUACUACAACAACAACAACAACAGCAACAACAACAGCAGCAACAACAACAACAACAACAACAACAACAACAACAACAACAACAACAACAACAACAACAGCAACAACAACAACAACAGCAUCAUCAACAACAACAACAACCUCAGCAGCAGCAGCAACAGUUGUUUCUGUUCACAAACGACAAGACUCCCGCGACUUACGGCACCAAGUGGGCCGAUCUCCAUCCCGAUUCCCACAAAAUCCUUCUUCAGAUCGAGGAGCGGAUUCUGGAGUAUAGAGAUGAGAGCCAGAGGCUUGAUCAGUGUAGUCGGCUUUACAAUUCUUCGGUUUCCAAUGAUGGAUUUGAGCAGGAUGCAAGCCAUAUUGUCCAGGAACUUGGCGGAAUCAGUACUGCUAUGGAAAGACAGAAAUCUUUGUUGCAUGAGCUAAUGGCCUCUGUGAAAGAUAUGCUGCGGAACACUGAGGUUGCUGUUCGUUCUUUUAUGAUGCUACGUCCAAGGUUUGUUCAUCCAAAUAUAGGAGGUGGUUCUAUUGCCACUGCGCCUUCACAGCUUCCUGGAGCAACAGUACCACCCGGUUCAAGUGGUCAAUCAACUGCCACCUCUAUAGUGCCAGUCUUUGAUUUCUACAACGGGAUUCCCCGGAAACCUUCUCCUUUUCUACAGCAAACAGUUGCUAGAUUUGAGAAGUACCUCUGCCAGUGUCGCCAGUGGAUCGAAGAGUUAGAGCAGUUGCUCCUCUUAGAUUCUGAAAAGAACUCUUGCAAUGGUGCAUCUUUGUUGCAGUCUCUUCCAAAAGUCAUGUCAAAUGUGCAUGACUUUUUUGUUCAUGUGGCUGCUAAGGUUGAGAGCAUUCAUCAAUAUAUUGAAUCCAUGAAAGCAGCUUAUCUUGCUGACCAGCGGCGUCGAGGGGAUGUGAAUGAUCCAUUUCUUGAGGCCGAUCGAAGGGAAACAGCAAGACAAGAAGCUGCUGCUAAGAGGGUACAUCCAACUUUGCAUUUGCCUGCGAAUUCACAACCAUCAACUCAAGUUGCAGGAUUGCUUGCUAGUUCAGCUAGUCAAGGGACAUCAACUGCACCACAGACAUCUGCAGCGACUACUGCAGCAUCAUCUGGGAGUGGGUUCUCACUUUUUAGUACACCUGCUGCUCCAUCGACCUCCAUGUUAUCUUCUCUGUUUACAACACCAACUGCUUCCGCUCCAACAUCUUCUCUGUUUGGAACAUCUUCUGCUAAACCUGUGACAUCUCUUUUUAGUACUUCAUCAUCAUCUUUUUUUGCGUCUUCCACCCCUUCCCUUCUCGGUAGUACUACUCCUGCUUUUGCUACUACCACUUCUGCUGGAGGUUCACUAUUUUCAUCACCAUUUGCUUCUGGUGCUGCAUUAUCAACUGCGACUAGCUUCGGACCUGCUUUGAAAUCGUCGAAGCCUAAAUCUCGAACUGGACGACGCUAGUCAUAACAACUCCAGGAUGUGAAAUCCACAGGCCACUUUGUUUAUUGGAUCUUGAAUUUUUCUUAGUUGAGUUAAAGAAAAUCAAGUUUGCAUUUGAGAUGCUGCUGGCUCAUUCUGGCUCAUGAAGUCGAAGUUGCCUCAGUCUAUUUGUUCCUCAAACUUCCACAAGAUGCCCAAAGGUUCAAGUUAGUGCAACAUUCCAUGGUGCAAUCUAUUUUCGCGUUUCUUCAGAUGUGAUUUCCCACAGGGCAAAAGAUGCAGUCCAAUCGUGGCAGAUGUAACGUGUCAAAUAAUUGCCUAUAGUUGUAGAUUCGAUGUAGAAUUUUCUCCAUUGUCGAAUUUUUUGCUUGCUAAUUGGCUUAGGCAAUCAUGCUCUUCACCUCAAAAUGAUCACUAGUAUUUCAGCUGGUUUGACCUCCAUUGGCAAAACCAUCAGAUAAUGUCCUUUGGUAGGACUAUAAUUGUGAUGCAUCUUUUAACGGCCCUUUUUGGCUGUUUUCUUUUUUGGGUUCAAAUUCUUUUCGACAUACUAAUUAGCUACUUCUAUGUAUCAGCUGAUAUUGACAUUCAUUGAGA